AUGAACGACAUCCCAACGGGGGGGAAAAUGUCCACAAACGGUGGAGCCGGUGUCCUGUGUAAGGUGUGUGGCGAUCGGGCCUCGGGCAAACACUACGGUGUGCCAUCCUGCGACGGUUGCCGCGGUUUCUUCAAACGCAGCAUCCGAAGGAACCUCGAGUACGUGUGCAAGGAGGGCGGCAAGUGUGUGGUGGACGUCUCACGCCGCAACCAAUGCCAGGCGUGCCGGUUCGCCAAGUGUCUGCAGGCGAACAUGCGCCGGGAAGCCGUCCAACAUGAACGAGCCCCUCGGAACUGCACGCCUCUGACCGCCGCCGUCACCGGAUUGGCCACCCAUGGUGACUACUACGGACCUCGAUCGUCCUUUGCGUUGCCUCAGGCCAGCCUGUUCUUUCCGUUGCCGCUCCACAUCACGGCUGCGGCCGCAUCCGGCCCAUUUGGGCCUCUCGCUGAUCCUGGCCGAUUUCUCGCACCCUAUCCAGGCCCACCUUUAUCUGCGGGCUCUACGACGGCCGCCUUCGAGCAUUUCCCACCACCACCACCACCACCACCACCGUCAGCAUGCACGACUUCCGGGACGACGGCAUCCUCGGGAGUCCUCGUGGAGAUGGGCUCCAAAGGCGCAUCAAGCUUAGCACUGGCCGACGGUGGCCACCAGACUCUGACCGAGUCCAUGUUCAAUAGCAUCACCGGAGAGUCACUUGGUCUGCCGGCGCCCCCACCAAUGCACUCGAUCAGCUCAAUUUUGAGCCUUAGCUCGGCCAGGGAGAACGAGGUUAGCAGCACGGGCCAAGAAAGUCCGCCCCAGCGACGCCAACAGCAGCAGCAGUCGGUCCAGCACCACGCACAGUUGCUGCUACAUCCGAUUGCUGGUACGGCAGGACUCGCGGCCCGAAGCGAGACGGACAUGCUGCUCGAAUCGGCCGCCAAGCUGCUGUUCCUGGCGGUCAAGUGGGCCAAAACGGUGCCCUCGUUCCUGCAGCUGCCCGCCGGUGACCAGAAGCUGCUGCUCGAGGAAGCCUGGGCCGAACUGUUCGUCAUCACGGCCGCCCAGUGGGGUCUGCCCAUUGACAACGAAUUCAUCGCACGGAACCCGCUGGCGGUGAAGUUGCAGAGCGCCAUCCAGCAGUUUGGGGCAACACGGGUCGACUAUCGAGAGGCGGCCUGCCUGAAAGCCUUGGUGCUGUUCCGUCCCGACCAACCCCGGUUGUACGCGGCUCACGAGGUGCUGUUGCUGCAAGAUCAAACGGUGGCUCUGCUGCAUGAGAAGUGCGGCGGUGUCCGGCUCGGCCAUCUGCUGCUGCUGUUACCAGCCAUCAAAGCGGCGGCCAACGCCAAGGUGCUGCAGGAGAUGCUGUUUCGCAAGACGGUCGGCGAAGUGGCGAUCGAGCGGUUGCUGCUUGAUCUGAUGAAGACAUAA